CUGAAGGCAAAUCUCCUUUGGCAUUUAUUAAUUAUCUUGUUUUGCCUUAUCUAGCAGCAGAAAUUUUCCUUCCAGCAAGUUACCCCUCGAAACCGGAAAAAAAAAUCGUCUGAUAGUUGUAGCUACUAGCUAGUUAAUAUUUGUUCUUGGAAGAAUUUAUUUCUGUAAAAACUCCACUCCUAAAUUGGGCACAUCUCCUUUGGCAUUUUGGAGUCAUUUGAUUGAUUCCUAUUAUCCUGGCGGGCAAAUCUUCUUUGGCAUCAGAUCUCCGAUUUCAUUCGUCAAGAUAAUCUUGUGGAGAUACUGAUUAUCUGUGACAAAAAGUUUUAUCAAUCAGAAACAUAUGUUUUUGUUAUGCACAAUUAUCCAUUGAAGCCAUUAUCAACAUACUUGUGAUCACAGUAAGACACUGAGGUUUGAUUCUCCAUUUUCUUGAGAAGGAAUAUAAUUGAUGGAUGCUAUCACUAGUGAUUCAGAACGGAAGACUUCGAGUGACAGCAGCAGCAGUGAGGAUCAAGAGGAAAUUGAUUUUCUAUAUGGUGGGAAAGCUCAGAGCAUAUUUUCAAGUUUAGAGGAAAGCAUUGGGAAGAUUGAUGAUUUUCUCUCAUUUGAGAGAGCUUUUGUUCAUGGCAAUGUGGUCCGCUCCUUGUCAGAUCCAACCAGACAAAUGGGAAGGGUCACAAGUGUUGAUCUGUUUGUGGAUUUGGAAAAUGUGAAAGGAAACAUAUUAAAAAAUGUAAACUCGAAGAAACUUCUGAAGAUUCGCUCCAUUUCAGAAGGUGAUUAUGUGAUUAAGGGGCCAUGGCUCGGUCAGGUUCAAAGGGUCGUGGACAAAGUGAGUGUACUGUUCGAUGAUGGAGGUAAAUCUGAUAUUAUUGCAUUGGAAAGAGAUAAGCUUUUACCACUGACUAAUAAAUUUUCGGAAGAUUCCCAGUAUCCAUACUAUCCAGGUCAGAGAGUUAAGGUUAAGUCUUCUGGUGCGUCUAAAUCUGCAGGAUGGUUAUGUGGAACUUGGAGAGACAAUCAUGAUGAAGGAACGGUUUGUGCUGUAGAUGCAGGUUUGGUGUCUGUUAACUGGCUUGCUUCUGUUCUUGUCAGUAGUGAUUCGAAUGCCCCACCAUGCUGGCAAGAUUCCAAAAACUUGGCCACAUUGUCGUGUUUUUCGCAAGCAAACUGGCAGCUUGGUGACUGGUGCAUGCUCUCAGCUGCAGACCAAGCAGAACAGAUUAUUCAACAUGCGCCCACAGGAAGUCUUACUAUGGAGCAUAGUAUGAUAAGAGGGUGUAGGAGUCCGGGAAGAAACCUUAACUCUUAUAUUGAGGAGUUGUAUAUAAUUGGGAAGAUAAAGACUAAAGUUGAUAUUCUGUGGCAGAAUGGUGAACAUACUUUAGGAUUGGAUCCAGAGAAUUUACUCCUAGUGAAUAACACACAUGAAUUUUGGCCUCAUCAGUUUGUGCUGGAAAAAGGUGCUUCUUAUGAUCCUGUUAAGACUAGCAGUCAAAGAUGGGGUGUUGUCCCAUGUGUGGAUGCAAAGGAGCAUACUGUGAAGGUACAAAGGAAAACUGUUUCCAUAUCCAAACCAAAUAAUGAUUUGGAUGGAGACAAAUGGAGGAAACUGUGAGUGCCUAUGAACCUGUAGAGCACCCAGACUACUCCUGUUUUUUCGGUGAUAUUAUGUUCAAGGCGGCUCAAAAACAGUUUGGUUACCAAGCUGAUAAAGAAAAAGAAAAAUCUCCGAAUAACUCGAAAUCGGAGGCUGCUCUUAAAAAUGGGAACCAAAUGAGUUGUCAGGAGGAUGACUGUUACCUGUGCUGUGUUGGCACUGUUACUGGUUUCAAUGAUGGUGAUGUGGAGGUGCAAUUGGCUACUGGUUUCACAACCAAGCUAUGUUCAAAAAAAAAAAUUCUGUUAAUAUAAUGCAGUUAAUGAGCUUUCCAGCCAUGUAUGGUGCUGGUGCACUCAUGAAGUUUAUGCUUCCCAUAUCUCUUUAUCUAGAUGAGCAGUUUUUUAUAGAUGAUUAUUGAUCAUAUUAUUAGCUCAUUAGUCCUCAAUUCUCCUUGUACUAUGAUGUGAUAUUUGUAAACUGUGUGUGAUUGUGUGCAUUUAAGGUAUAAGAUCUUUCUUAGCUGAAACCAGGGUUAAUUUCUAGACGCUAGUUUGUGUAGUUAAGAUUUGUUUUGGAUGAUACUUGUUACUGUGUUGGAAUA